CCCAAAACAGAACCCUCUGUCGGACCGUUGUACGCUCCAAGUCCAAUCCAGGUCGAAGAAGAUGGCGCAGGUAGCCGUGGCAGCCCGCCUCACGAAGUCCCUCUGCCUCUCUUCGUUACCCGCCGCCACAACCCUUCACGAAAUCGCUUCUUCCCAUCCCAAAGGUGUUGCUAAAGUUGUGCUUAAAAAGGGGAAGACACAGAUUUUUAAAGAUGGAAGCCCAAUGGUGUACAGUGGAGCGGUGGACCGAAUAAUCGGUAGACCGCCCCCAAAGACUGGAGACACAGUUCUUGUAGCUGAUGGAGCUGAGAAGCCAUUUGCUUGGGGACUCUAUAAUUCAGUUUCCAUGUUUUGUGUUCGAUUAAUGCAGCUGGAAGAGGAAGCUACGAGGGAUCCUUCAUGCAUUUUGGAGAUGGAAAGAUUGCUUGAGAAAAGAAUUCAGGAGGCUGUUGAGCUUCGUCAGAGUUUGGAGCUCCCAUCAACCAAAACAAAUGCUUAUCGUCUUGUGAAUAGUGAAGGUGAUAGAUUAUCUGGAUUGAUUGUUGAUGUAUUUGGAGAUAUAGCUGUGGUAGCAUCCUCUGCAGCUUGGGUCGAGAAGUACAAACCAGACAUAGAAUUUUGCUUAAGGAAAAUUGACGGGAUCAGUCACAUAAACUGGAGACCGUCUGUUGAAAUCCUAAAAGAGGAAGGACUGGAAGUGUCCAAUUUCGGGGAGACUGAUUCAGCUGCUUGUCCCAAGAGAACAAAGGUGGUUGAGAACGGAGUUUCUUAUGCAGUUUCAAUAGAGGGCCAAAAGACAGGAUUUUAUGCAGAUCAGCGUCACAAUCGGGAGUUCAUAUCAACUAUCUCUAAUGAUAAAAGAGUUCUGGAUUUAUGCUGCUAUAGUGGUGGAUUUGCUUUGAAUGCGCUAAAAGGUGGAGCUUCAGAGGUUAUCGGUGUCGAUACUUCCAUGGCUGCUCUGGAGCUUGCUAGAGAAAAUAUCACUCUCAACAACUUAAAUCCGGGCAAUAUAUCAUUUUUGAAAGAAGAUGUGACCAAGUUUAUGAAGGGAGCUCUGUCAAGGAAUGAAUCGUGGGACAUCGUUAUACUGGAUCCUCCCAAAUUAGCUCCAACAAAGAAGGUUUUGGCGAGUGCAUCAGGGAUGUAUAGAAACCUAAACUCGCUCGCAAUGCGUGUUACAAAGAAAGGUGGUCUUCUUAUGACUUGUUCCUGCUCAGGAGCUAUGACCCAAAGUGGGACGUUCUCUCGAAUUCUUCAGGCUGCUGCAGUUACAGCGGGAAGAAGAGCUACAAUUAUACGGCAGGCUGGAGCAGCAUGCGAUCACCCUAUUGACCCAUCCUACCCCGAAGGUGAAUACCUCUCUAACAUUCUUCUCAGAGUUUCAUGAACAUCAGAGAAAGAACCGGUUAUUAUAACGAUUUCGUACAAAUUGUUUCAUUUUAAAAUUAUAUAUCAUAUCAAAUUGCUCGUAAUAUAUUUGUUAAGAAUUCAGCUUUAGACUUGUUUUAUUGGUGCUGCCAAAGAGCAUGAUGUUGCUGCUUGAAUAUCGAAUGAGGUCAUACAGAAUUUGGAUGACAUAUGAUAAGAUGGUGUUAUGUCCAA